GUGGAGUAAACACCCCCGGUUGUAUUCGCCAAAGGAAAACGACCUUCGCCAGAUAAUGUGGUCGAGCCGCAUUAUACCAUCCACGCCUUGCAGGGGAAAUACGUCACAAACCAUACGGUGCCUACCCACGACAACAGUCAUUCACGUGGGGGUCGCCGGCCAAUCAGGGGCUGGGAGACCUAUACACGAGGAGCGCGUGACGUUUCAAUCCUUUUAUAGCAGUCACCCUAUUUACUUUAUCGACCCCCACCCUGCCGACAAGUUUCUAGGGUCGGGAUUUUUCACAUACACAGGAUUGAAGUUCCCAUUUGUGAAGUUUGGCACAUAAGACAAGGUAGGGAAAUAAAAUGAACUGUCAGAUUAUCUGGGAAGUUGUCGUCUGUUUGUUAUCUGUCUGGACUCACGCACCCCCAGGGUCGGCGAGACAACGAAACGUGGGCACACCAACCAAAGUGUGAGGUUAGGGCAGCAUGUCCUCCAUCCAGCCUGGGAAUUCAUCAGAGUGGCAGCUCUACCGCGUUCUACAGAGGAGCAACUUACUACAGUACUACGACACAUUUAUAGCACAGGGGGGAGAUGAUGUCCAGCAGCUGUGUGAGGCGGGAGAGGAGGAGUUCCUAGAAAUCAUGGCUCUGGUCGGAAUGGCCAGUAAACCCCUCCAUGUCCGGCGGCUUCAGAAGGCUCUCCAGGAGUUUGUACAAAAUCCAGCUUCCUUUCAGAGCUCUGUUUCUCCAGCCUCUGCCCUUGUGGCGUCCCAGACAAUCACCACCCCUUCAUCUCACCUGGCUACCAUGGUAACCACAGUCCCUAAGAUAGAGCCCUCCCAGCCCGUGUAUCCCACGGUGACGAUGACCAACAAUUCCUCCACAGCGAGCUGGGCCCCCAGUGUCAGCCCGGGCCCCACCACUACCAACUCCAACUCCUCACAUGAAAGUGACAGCAAGGAACUCUCUAUACAGACAGACAAACAGCAAAUGAGGUCCUCUACAUCUCCCACUCCUACCCCCAUACUGGUGGAGAGCCAGAUCAAUGCCAUCGCUCAGGCUGCAGCCAGACUUGCCAAAGAGUUACCUCCCUUUGAUAUGAAGAAAUUAAACAUGAAGAAACCCAUUAACAAAGAAAUUAUGCAAUUAAUCAACAGUAUGUCAGAGGAUGAUCCUAAUAGAAUGGAACAGUUACGAAAAUAUGCUGCAAUAUAUGGUCGCUUUGAUUCCAAGCGGAAGUCAGAAAAACCAAUGUCCUUACAUGAGAUCUCAGUCAAUGAAGCAGCAGCCCAGCUGUGCAGACAUAUGCCCUCGCUGUUAACGAGGAGAGAGGACUUGUUCCCAUUAGCUCGACAGGUGGUGCGCGACAGUGGGUACCAGUACUCAAAGGGACAUUCCAGGGCAUCAGACAUGCUAACUCUGCCUUCAACCAAGAGAUUGAAUGACCUGAUGAUAAGCGGAGUUUCGGGGGGCUCCAGUGGGGGAAAGAAGAAGUUAGACAGUGGUUUCCUACAGAUGUACGUCAACCUUUGUGAGAGUAAUCCAAGCAUGGUCAAAAAUCCAGAGGACUCUGAGAAAAUGACUCGUUUAAUGGCCGAGUUGACAGUUGUUACUCACAACCAAGAAAUGCUCAAAACUCAGUUAAAUACGGCAAAGGAAAACAAUGAUAUGGACCUAGUGAACUCGCUACAAAGCCAGAUAGAACAGGUCACCGCACAACAGCUCCAGCUAUAUACAGAACAGAGUGAACUCAUCCGGAAACAGAGGAGGUUUACCAUGGGUGCAGGAUUUGAUGAGGAUACAGGUUCAGAUUUUCCAAGUGGGGCUUCCUCGCCAAACAAUUCAGGAGAUGGGGAGGAUUUCAAUCAACAGAUCAGGCAACAUUUAUAUGCAUCGGGGGAGAUCUUAAAAUCCAAGCCAGCCAUGCAAAACACAUUGUUUGAUGAAGGAAUGCGAAUAGCACAACAAUUCGGAUUAGCUGAUUUCGCAGAGGAAUUGAAAGGAAUGGCCGACACAAGUCCGGAGGAAGAAACAAAGGAAAUCACGGACCCUGUGAAAAGGAAAGCAGACUCUUUAAGUGAAAAUGGAGACUCGCCCGCAGAAAAAAUGUCUAAAAAGUCGCGAGCUGAGGUGAAUGGACGGGAGGAAGAGAAUAGCUAAUUGUUGUUUUAUAUAGAUUGUUAUACAUUUAUCUGUUGUUAUGUCUCAUUUUGUUUUCUCGUCUACCUUAGGCAAAGGUAAAAUAAGGUAAUCAAAGUCAUCAUCAAUCAUGUCAUUAUCCAUGGGAUGCCAAUUUACUGCAAGCUGACCGUUUAUCAUUCUUAUUUAAUGCCACUGCACUACUGAUGUAGUUAUUGUUCACACAACAUUUAUCUCCUUAAACAAAUCAUUUCAAAUUCAUGGCUGUGACAUGCUUGUGUUCUAUAUUUUUGUUCAGUAUUUAUAUCCAUAAAGGGGGUCUCAAUUGUUCAUCAUCAUGAAAAAAUAAGAUUCCAUUUACAACAUAUGCAUACAACGUGGAUUAAACACUAAUAUUCCUUAAAAUUAUGUUUUCAUGUUAUUCGCAAUAUACCGAUACUUAUGUUUAAAGACUGUAAAUUUAUGUCAACACAAAACAGAGAAUUUAAUGGAAAAGAGUAAGAAAACUGUGUUAAUAUGCAAGAGUCAGUAGUUGCUAAAUUAAUUUUUAUAUUUAUAUUUCUGUUUGGCUAACAUUAAGGAGAAAUGUAUUGGGGUAGUUUCCAAUCAAAUGUUUGAUAAUCAUGUGCUGAUUUUGUGAAUUAUGUGAUUGUUAUCUGUACAUUCUGUUAUUCUUAAGAAAUCCUAUGUUUAAAUACUGAAUAAUCCUAUCUAAGUAGACAUUUGCCUACCGAUUAAAAACUGUUAAUAAAUGUAAUGAUACUAAGUAUAAUUCCAAAGGUGUAUAUUAUUCUAUCGCCAUCUAAUGGUACAGAUUUGUAGUUACUCAGUAUCGAUGUGUCUAACACAAUAGGUCAAUUAGGUUUGAAAAUGUCUGCAGAGUGUGAGUGUAGUCACUCUUCUUGUGCAUUCAGUCAUAAAAAUCAUGACAUGUACAUGUAUAUCCACAAUUGUUGUCAGAAGAUGUGUUACUAUUAUUAUUAUUAUUUAUUUUCAAUGUUUUCUUUUCAUUAAAAAAGCCAGAAAGCUGA